AGCAUCUCGCUCAGCUGUGAGGAGAAGGAGACUCGUAACUCGGCGGGGUUGUCCUCAGGUAUGUGUUGUUCCCCGCGCUCACCUGGAUCCACGGGAGACAUGCAGAGGCGACAGAUGCCGGACAGUUUUGGCUGCUUUUUAUGAUAGUCUGCCCGCGGUGCCUUUCCCGUGAUGGGGGGACGCGCACGGAGCUGCGGCGCCGUGAUCCUGCUCGCCAUCGUUUGCUCCUGCCGGGGCGUCACGCUGGAGUCGAUCCACUGGAGCAGCUCCAACUCGAAAUUCACUCCCGGUCAGGGUUUGGUGCUCUACCCUCAGAUAGGGGACAAGAUGGACAUCGUGUGCCCCCGGGCUGACCCCUCCUCAGGGAGGACAGAGGAGUUCUACAAAGUCUACCUGGUGACCAAAAGUCAGAUGGAGAGCUGCGGCGUGGCCAAGACUGACACCCCCUUGCUGAACUGUGACAAGCCUGACCAGGAUGUCAAGUUCACAUUCAAGUUUCAGGAGUUCAGCCCAAACCUCUGGGGCCUGGAGUUCCUCAAGGGGAAGGACUAUUACAUCACCUCCACCUCCACAGGAUCUCUGAGAGGGCUGGAUAAUACCAAAGGAGGGGUGUGCAGGACCAAAUCCAUGAAACUGGUGCUGAGAGUCGGCCAGAACUCCUCUGAUUCACUUUUAACGCUUCAGGAGUCACCAACCAGGUUCCCACCUGCACCACCAAAGACCAAGACCAAGACCAAGGAUGUCUUCUCGAAAGAUGUGGGUUCUGAAGCCGGACAGACUGACACGUCUGGGCCAGGACUCAUUGUGUGGGUCAUUUCCUGCAGCUUGAGCCUCCUGCUGGUCAUUGUAGUUGUUUUAGUGGUGCUGUGGAGGUACUAUCAACGUCGCCGUGUUCCUGACCGCCAGCGGCAGCAGCAGCACCAGCCGCCUGCCUCCGUAUCCCUCAGCACUUUGGCUGUGCCAAAGCGGGACAGCUUUAGCAGCGACAAUGACGGCUCAGACCGCAGCGAGGUUGUCUUCCCUCUGCGGCCUUCCGAAAGUGUGAUCUGCCGUCACUACGAGCGUGUGAGUGGCGAAUAUGGCCCUCCUGUGUAUAUAGUUCAGGAGAUAAUGCCUCAGAGCCCCACCAACGUCUACUACAAAGUCUAAUAAGCUCCUCUAAUGACUUCUUCUGAAAUACAACACUACUCCAGCUGUCAAGUUUAAGCUAAUGUGAGUCGUGUGUGUUAAAAGCUGGAUUGCACUGUUUUUAUGGCCUGCAGAGACACCUGUCUUUUUGCUUAGCAACACUGGAACAAAUGCACAAAAUACUGUGGAAGGAUUUGAGACAAUCUCAGCGGAAGGCAGGCUCUUAGCAUAUCAUUCAGUAGAUGUACUCCCUUAGAUAUGGUUAACAGAGUAAACAGCUUUAUUUAUUAUAAUAUGUUUUUUUUCUGUCACAAUCUGUGGCAGGUUUAACUGUGUUUUAUUUAACUUAUUGAUACAUUUAUAACUUAUUGACAGAAGAAUAUUGCACUCACAAACAUGCUACUUUUUUUUUUCUUCAAAAAACAUUUUGUGUAAACCUGUCUGAAAAGCUGUGAAGUGAACAAUAAUCUUUAAUAAAGUAAAUUAGAAAUCAGUCUUUAAAUUAAUAAUUAAGUUUGUAAAUUUUCCAGCUCUGCCUUCUGUCUGUGUAAACACAUGAUAAAGAUAACAUGAAAACAUGAAUCAGAG